AUGGCCGUGAGACAGCUGACACAAAUCCAGCACGGUUUAUCAAUGCUGCGCGAAGCAAGGAGCGUCUUGGCUGAAGACUUCAGCGGACAACUGCAAUGCAAGAAGGUCAAUGUGAAGAUCUGUGAGUUUGGUGAUGUCGCCUAUUUCAGGACCUUCAAGACCACCAAAGAGGUGAGGAAGGGUGGGGAACUCAUCACCGAUUACGGCAGCCAGUAUUGGGAGGACUUCGAAGGCUGCUGA